ACCAGUGCCCAUCUCUGCGAGCCGACCGUGGCCGUUGGCUCUAAAUACUGUAAAUAGCCUUAAACCUCUCCACCAUUUUUACACUUAACCAAGAAUGGGCUCUCUAUCGUGGGUCUUCUCGAACCCACACUUCCGCCCGUCGCCGCCUCUCCGCCCGCAAAACAACCUCCGACGCAUUUCUACCGCCGUUAGUUGUCGGAAACCGGAGCCGUCCGCCAUGUCCUGCUCUCAACCACCCGCCCACAAAAAGAUAAUCUCUCAGAAGUCUCUUGUUCCCGUAGCUAUGGCGCUCGCUGUUUUCAUGUCCUCCUCUCCAGCUAAUGCUGGAUUUCUGUCGGGCUUCAGUGGGAUAGAAUCAGUUCCCGGUCCAGAGUUACCUCAGAUCGACUUCCUGAAUCGCUGGAAUGAAGCAAAUCAGAAGAAGUAUGCGGAGGCGGAUGCCAGAUUCAAAGAGUCUCCCCUGCUUAAACAGUUGCUCGAGAAGUCCAAGCUAAAUAAAGAGAAAAACCGACAGUCCAUUCAAGACAAGUAUUGUAUCCGAGGAGCUGAGUGGGGCGUUGGGGACUGCUCUACCGAAGGAAUGACACCAGAAGAAAGGGACAGCUUCAUUUCCGCGUUGAAGCAGAAGGCGGGAGUAGAAGAAUAGCGACAGCACCAUUAGCACAUACAUCUCCCCGCAACCUUGAAUCUCAACUCGCAACCUCAGGGAUUCCUCCGCGGUUUGACAUGGAAGCUCGCCUUCUAUACCGAGAAUUGUUGUGCAGAAGUUAAGCCAUCAGGCAAGAUAGGAAUGAAAUGGGUACCAAAAUUGCAAGCACACAAAGGAUCCUUCAUUCAUUUUUUUUAAUCUAUGUUAGAACCAUUGAUGGGUGCUGGAAAUGUAAAGAUUUUCAUGCUCUCAUGUACUGCUUAUUUCAAUUGACGCAAAUUAUAGAAUGAAUCAAUGAUCCCAUCAAGUACUAUUUCAAACUCAA